AUGGACGCAGUGUUGAGUGGUAUCGAAAAGACCUCUGGUUAUUUGGAUGACGUGUUAGUGGGUGGUCGCACUAAAGAAGAACACGACUACAAUCUGAAACAAGUGCUUCAACGGUUAGAACAGUACGGAUUUACAGUACGGAUCGAGAAGUGCCAUUUCAAUAUGGAACAAGUGGAAUACUUGGGGCAAAUUCUGGAUGGUGAUGGAAUCAGACUCGAUCCGAAUAAGACAGCAGCUAUCUCCACCAUGCCACCGCCUCAAGAUGUUUCGUCACUCUGUUCAUACCUUGGAGCUGUAAACUAUUACGCAAAAUACGUUCCGGAAAUGCGUAAGUUACGGUUCCCGAUGGAUCAGCUGUUGAAAUCAGGAGCAAAGUGGGUAUGGUCAGAAGCAUGUCAGCGAUCAUUCAAUCAGUUCCAAGAAAUCCUGCAGUCACCGUUAACACUUUCGCACUACAAUCCAAACUUGGAAAUCAUAGUGUCGGCAGAUGCGUCAAAUUACGGAAUCGGUGCGCGCAUCGCCCACAAGCUACCAGAUGGAUCAGUGAAACCGAUAUCCUAUGCGUCGAGAAGUCUUACACCAGCCGAGUCCAACUACAGCCAAAUCGAGAAGGAGGGACUCGCACUGAUUUUCGCCGUAACCCGGUUUCACCUAUAUACAGCCAACAGACUUCAGCGAUGGGCAUUAACGCUGCUACUGUGCGACUUCAACAUCAAAUACGUGAGUACGGAAAGUUUUGGUUAUGUUGAUAUCCUUUCUCGCCUGAUCAACACUCACGUCCGUCCGAAUGAAGAAUACGUCAUCGCAUCUAUUGAACUGGAAGACACCAUGGAAGAUAUCGUCAAGCAAUCAGUGGAAGCUCUGCCAGUCAUGUUCAAGAUGAUUCAAGCAGGAACACAGUCGGAUGCAGUAUUGAAGCAGGUUAAGCAGUUCGUUCAAACAGAAUGGCCGUCAAAUCAGUCCAAAAUCAGCGAUCCACAGCUUCAACAGUUUUACCAGCGUCGGGGCAUUUUAGCCAUUGUCUCCGAUUGCCCCACCUAUGGGGAACGACUGGUUAUUCCAUCAAAAUUUCGAGAUCGAGUUCUACGAGUACUACACAAAGGACAUCCUAGAAUAGAAAUAAUGCGGUCCAUAGCACGUAACUACGUCUAUUGGCCUGGAAUCGACGAGCAGAUCAAUCAUCGUGUUCGUACGUGCGUAGAAUGUUCGAGAGCAGCCAAGACCAACAGUAAAAUCAACAUGGAAUCUUGGCCUACACUAGAAAAACCUUGGCAGCGGAUUCAUGCAGACUAUGCUGGACCAGUUGACGGUAAUUACUAUUUGAUUGUUGUCGACGCAUUGGCCAGAAGUCAUCUCUACCAAACGUAUUACAACGUUCGCUACAGUGGCCAUGCUCCACAACAACACAGUUCACCAGUGAAGAUUUUGAAGCCUUUUGCAGUAACAGUGGCAUCCUACAUUAUAAAACGCCGCCGUAUCAUCCACAGUCAAACGGUCUCUCGGCGAGUCCGUUCAAGCACAUUCAAGCGAGGACUUCGUAAAAUCACAUCGGGGGGAGAAACACUCCGCGAUGCUAUUAACACUUUUCUUGUGUGCUACCGCUCAACUCCUUGUCGUAGCGCACCUGAAGGGAAGUCGCCAGCAGAACUGUUACUGGGAAGAAAACUAAGGACAUCACUAGAUCUACUGAAACCACCAACUUCGUUCUACAAGCAAGCCGAAUCAAAGAAAGAAAGUCAGUUCAACCGUAAGCAUGGCACGAAAGCAAGAAACUACGAUGCAGAAGAGUUGGUUUGGACGAAAGUACAUCGGAACAAUACCUGGUCAUGGGAACCCGGUCAAGCACUAGAACGGAUUGAUCGAGUCAUCUACAACGUGUGGCUACCGGAAAAGCGGAACCUUAUUAGGUCACACUGCAAUCAACUGAAGAAACGGUAUGAAUCAGAACAACUAUCAUCAACAGCGCAAAACAAGUGUACUCAAAUCCCGCUAAUCAAGGGAGGUUCAUCGCCGAGCACCAGUCAAGCCACUAAGAGCUACUAUUCAGCAGGAACCGAGCCAGCUUCGCCAGUCUUCGAGAACCAGAAGACAACCCGUGAGAGUAUCAGCUCCUCGCUCCAUGCCAAUGGACUCGUGCCACUGGGGGGACACCUGUAUUCUCCGGAAGUUACGGCGGCCACACGAUGGCUAAAUGGCAAGAUGCCUGCCUCGGCACAGGGAGACUUAGCUGGUGUACAGGGAAGCACCCCUAAAGCGGCUCGAAUGUAUGAGCUAAAGCUCGGCGACAGAGUUUCAUUGAAAUUACGGUGGGUGAUACAGACGUGUCCUCUGACGCACUUACUGGCGGUCAUUGUGAAGCCUACAGAGCUGGCCCAGCGAUGGACAGCCCUGACGGCAGGUUGGGUUCGUAUUCGCGUGCAGCCUGGAGUGUCGCCAACGAUUACCAGCAUUAUAUCGUCGACAAAGACGUAA